UCUAACUCGGCGCGGUAUCCUCGGCGACGUUUUAUCAUCUAUUAUAACAUUUCACGAUCUUAUCAACCCCGACGAGCGUAAUCAUGGCAGACACGGCGGUCGCGAAUCAGACGUCCGAAGCGUCUACCGGCGGCGGGGGAGCCUCUCCUCCCGCCGCCGCCAAGAAGGCUCUCGCGAGCUCCUCGCAGCAGCAGAAGAAGGGAACAAAGGGGGGCGCCCGCUCUAAGCCGUCCCAUCCUCCGACGGCCGACAUGGUCAACGGGGCGAUCAAGAGUCUCAAGGAGCGCGGCGGAUCGUCGCUUCAGGCGAUCAAGAAGUACCUCGUGACGACGUACAAGAUCGACGCCGAAAAGAUGGCGCCGUUCAUUAAGAAGUACAUCAAGGGAGCGGUCGCCUCCGGCGCCCUAAUCCAGACGAAGGGCAAAGGCGCGUCGGGAUCCUUCAAGUUGGCGGCCGACGCGGCAUCUCCCUCUUCCGGCGGUUCGGCGGCAAAGGGAAAGAAGAAGAAGGUCGCGGCGGCGGCGGCCUCCACGCGACGCCAGAAGGCCGCCUCUCCCCGACGCCAGAAGGCCGCCUCUCCCGCGAAGAAGGCGUCCCCCGCGGCGUCGGUAAAGAAACAGUCGUCGAAGUCGUCCCCGAAGAAAAAGAAGGCGCCGGCGACCGCAUCUCCCCAGAGGAAGGUGGCAAAGGCGGCGGCCGCGAAGAAGAGGGCCGGCGCGUCGGCGUCUUCCGCUCCGGAAACGCAGGCGGCGGCCUCCUCUCCGUCGAAGCCGAAAUCUCCCUCGAAGGCGAAAAAGACGACGAAGGUGCCCACGAAAAAGCCGAAGGCCCCCAAACCGAAGAAGGCGAAGCAGACGAAGAAACCGGCGACCGGCUCGCCCAAGAAGAAAUAAUUUCGCGGCGAGGAGACGACAUCCCUCUUCUCUCGAACAUAAAUAAAUGGCCCUUUUCAGGGCCACAAUAAGACA